CUCAUAAUUCAAAACCCUCUAGUUUUUCCAACAGCUCAUCUUUCAAUAAACCAAAGCCUUAAAAAUCACAUUCACAUAACAAAAACACAAGACAAUGUCAGGAUGCAGCAAAAUACGCCACAUAGUCAAGCUCCGGCAACUCAUCCGGCGGUGGCGCAAGAAGGCGGCAUUGACCUCCCGCCGAAUCCCCUCCGACGUGCCCUCCGGACACGUGGCGGUCUCCGUGGGAGCGAACCGCACGAGGUUCGUGGUCCGAGCAACGUACCUGAACCACCCGGUUUUCAAGAAGCUACUGGUCCAGGCCGAAGAAGAAUACGGGUUCAACAACUCCGGCCCAUUGCUCAUCCCCUGCGACGAGUACGUCUUCGAGGAUAUUCUCCGGUGCAUCUCCGGCCGCUCGGAUUCCAGAAUCUCCGGCUGCUGUUUCACCAGUAUCGAGGAGUUCCAGAGGUACUGCCACGUGGGACUUCGGAGCAAGAACAAUGUUGAUUUCUGGGCCGAGUCUCGCCCCCUGCUUAACAUUGGAUUCAGAUGAGAAUGCAGAUUAGCAAAGCUUUAGCCCUUUCACGAAUGAUUUGGAUUCGGGUCGGGUCGGGUGUGAGUUGACUAUUAACUUUACAACUGCAUGCCAAUGACACAAUAUGAGUUGGCCAGUUACUAAUUUUUUAUUUUUGUAUAAAAUAUUAUUUCGAUU